AUGCGUCCCUCUGGGUUUCUCUCGCAGCUAGCAUCAAUAUGUAUACUGUUAACUAUCUCGAAUCAAAUCAAAGCAACUCCGCCCAUCAAAAAUUCCCCCCCAGGGGACAUUGGUGCCGCUUCAGUGUCAGCCCACGCCGCCGACACCAGCCCAAUCAACAUCGACGAAUCCGGUUGUGAUGGAAAGACUGUCGAUCUCGUGCUGUCAGUAUUGCCAUUGGACUCAGACACGCCGGACUCGGACUUGGACAGCCAGCCAACGCGGGUCGUUGAGAUGGCAUACGAUGCGCGAGCAGCUACCUUGGAUUCUUACCGCCAUCUACCAUACAACGGAGAGACGCAAAAGAUCGGAUCUAGUCGCGUAACCAACAUCCGCAACAUGCCUUAUUAUAGCCAUGACGCUCUUGAUCGGCAUGGCCAGCGGUAUGAUCCACUAGGCUCUCAAUACGGGCUUGCUCGGCCAGCUACGAAUGCGGUACAGAACUUUGACAAAUCUAUCGCUGCAAAUAACAAUGGCUACCAGUUAUUCCCAACAACCUCACGUCGGUCCAACACAGAGCGCAGUGUCAAUCCAUCUCCCAGUUCGCAAGGGCUUCAAGCUAACAUUAACAGUGAUUCAAAUACGUUUGCUUCAAUUGGUCAUGUUCCUGCAAAAACCCAAAUAAUUAGGGAAAAUAACUUGCGUUCAGAUCACUCUUCCCUCGCCAGUCACACCAACAUGAUUGCACUUUCUGGGCUCCAGAAGGCUGCUAAUCAUAGAGGCUCUCAUUUGCCUCCGCCACCAGGAUUCCAGCAAUCACAGGCGCAUCCCUUUGCAAUUGGCGACGGAUCAUCUCCGAAGUUCACCGCCUACGGGUUACAGGCGGAUUUCGUGCCUGGACAGCAUGGUCGUGCAACGUUUAGGCCAGGCCAUGCUGAUAUUCGGGGUGACUUGAAGCCCAGUUCUUUCAAUCCUAAUAACCGCAACCCUAUGAAUGUUGGAAAUCCCCCCAGCUUUCCGACCGACAAAUUAACGCACAAUUCUGGGAAGAUGGAAACUCGUGAUCAUCAAAACUUGCGAACUCAUUCAUUGGAUAAUUCUAAUAGUGGGCCAAUCAGCUCCGGAAAUAUGCAUCAAAAGCAUAAUGCUGCAGCUGGGCAUUUGGAGAAUAUGCGGCGGCAUCAGAAGGGAAAAGAAAUAAACAAUGAUAGAAACAUAGGCCACUCGCGAUGCCAGACUAGUAAACCAGUGACAUCAAUUCGACAAACUAGUAUAUUCCCGUCUACGGACUCCCAAUGGAAAGAUGAGACACCAAAAAUUUCCAAACUUAUUUCUGAUGAUCAAUCCCAGAGACUCAGCCAAGAACAGGCCAAAGUGGGCACUAUAUUCCCGUCUAUUGACUGCCAAAGGAAAGAUGAGACACCGAAAAUUUCCAAACUCUUUUCUGAUGAUCAAUCCCAGAGAGUGAGUCCGAUUGUCAUGCUCAGCCAAGAACAGGUCAGAGCAGGCAAUUCGAUAGAGCCUGGAGCCUCCGAUGAAUCAGAAUCCCUUGCUGAAGUAGGCGAGAAUCGUCUUCGACCAACACUUGGAGAUUUCCUACACGCCAGCGCAAAAAAUGGAAAAGUAGACCUCCAAAAGUCCAACCAACGAAGCGAGGAGCAACAGCUGAGUAAAGCACUCGAAGUCAAACCUGAUGAGUUGCGAAGAGAAAAAACGCCGGUUGAACCUUUCCUCCCGGCUCCAGACAUCAAGCAAAUCAUUCAACAAACACUGCAAAGAGAAUCCGUAUCAUACAAGAGAGACAACACAAAAAAGAAAGGAAGUGACACAAAGCGCGGUAAGGCUGAACCUACAGCAUCGGAAGCAGCGGAUCUCGAAAAGGCGCGAAAAGAACGCGAGAAGAAGAAAAAAGACUGGGAAGCCACCCAAAUGGACGCAAAGAAAAAACGACGCACCCAAAAGGCCGAACCUGCGACGGGGGGGCGUAUAGUUCAGGAUAUACCGCAGAAUGAAAAAUUUCCAGUCGAUGAAAAUGAGACGCCAAAGACUGCGUCAAGCGAUGAAAGCACGAAGCUUGGCGAACGAAAUUACCAGGGAGACAGCUCCGGAGGCAAUCAAAACGGACUAGAGGCAAUGCUGUCACCCAAGGAUACGGUCAACCGAAGCCUGCCAGCGACGGACGAGAAUUCGAAGAAGCACCUGCAAGCUCAAGAGAUGGCUGCUAGUCUCGAAACUGCUGAUCCAGUCACCGCCAAUAAGCUUUCAGACAAAUUAAUUGUUGGCUCCGACGAAUCAAUUCAAGGUAGAAGCACUUUGAAUCAAGGGCAAAGUUCCGAGAAUGUAUCUCAUCUCAGUGCCACGUCUUCUCGCCCCCGCAAUUUUCGGCAAACGCCAGAAGUUAUUGAAGAGGAAAAAUGGAUCCUCAAGCUAGUCGAUCAUAAAAUAAAAUAUCCCCAUCUAAAAAAGCCGAUUCUGUCUGUUCCGCUCCACUUUGAAACGGAUUAUGCUUCGCAGGACAGGCAUCUUGAAAAAUCAUUUCAAGAGUACAAAGCACAUUUCAAUGAGCAGAAUCUCCAAACAAUACCCGCGACCUCAAUGCUGGCGCCCAUAAAAAUUGAAGACUACGUGUUCACAAAUAAAAUUUCCAAGGUCUUUGAUGUGUUAAACGACUCAAUCAGGCAUAAAGAUCUAGCAGCGUACAGGCCCCUCCGCUUGUACCAGUUUUCAGACUCAGCCCGCACAAAGUUCGACAGAUUGUGGGGAGAAGGCACAGUUUCGGAUUGGGACAAGAAGCUAGAAAUCAGCUUGAUGGCUCGGCUGGCUCUGAUAUUGAACUUGCAUUGCAAAACACCUCAUUGUGGCAUUUCACCAGACUACCACGUGAAUAUAUUGUAUGACAGAUUAAGAUUGAAUCACCGUUAUAAGAAGUUCAACAUCAAACUAUUCGAAGCUUAUUUUCAAAAGAUGCUGGGCCACGCGGAAAGUAACAGACGAUUUGCUGCAUUAUUGGUUUGUUUACAAGAGGAGACUCACGCACGAAACUGGAAGUUCUGGAAGAGCAAGCUUUUGGGCCUGGGUGGCAUGAAAACAUGCCACUCGGACGUCUUUGAGCACAGGUUGGGGAUUUCAACAGUUGCUACAUCAACUGUUAAUAUUCCAUGUUUUUCUCCAUGGACGGCAGGUCUUUGCAAGAUGGAUGGCCCUGUCGGGGAUUCCAAAUACACCGUAAAGGAAUUGAUGGAAGAAGUAUACGGGAAAGAAGAAACGGAAAGAAGGUUGCUCCUCGACCAAUAUCUGAGGAAACGAACCCACAGUGGCAAUCGUUGGUACAAUCGAUUCCAUCUCGCAGAUGCCAAGAAAAAGUACGGAGUAGACUUGCUUACAGUGUUGAUGGUGGGAGAUGCACUUCUAUUCGGCUUCAAUAACCUCCCAAAAAAAUACGAAAACUCAGACCUUGCUGGAACAGUUAUUGAUGACCUUCUGAGAGUCUUCGAUGUCCAUGAACCUUGGAUCGAAUCACCCGAGCGUGCCUGGCUGCACAAUGAAUGUGGGGGCUUAUAUCAGGAUCGUCUGCGGGUAAUCAGCCAGCUACAUAUCAAAAGUUGCGAUCAAUCAGAGAAUCCAUCCUACAAGGGCUUCCUACCAAUCUGGCGUGACCUUGGACUUGACUAUGGCGAUGGUCAAUGCCCUCUAUCCGUCAGACCGAGCUAUUGGGGAUAUCCGCAGAGUGCUGUUUCAAUUUGGUAUAGGAGUCUCUUUACCCACCAAUACAAUCCAAGCAAGAAUGUGUAUUCAUGGGGAGAGACGAUAGCACUUCGUUGGGCUGCAUUGCAGUGCGAUGGGAUGAAGAAAAUUAAAACACUACUUUCUGUUGCGAUGAUGAUUUUCUUAAUAAUCGUGAUGCUGGAAAGUUUUCGCAUGGGUUUCUGA